AUGAAGGGACAUGUGAAAUGGGAUGAAGCUAAUAUUGGAAACAUUGAAGCAAACAAACCUGUGAGGCAAAAAAUUACUGAACCGAAGACUCCGUAUCAUCCUAUGAUCGAAGAAGACAGCUCUCCAUCUCCUGGAAGAGGAGGGUAUGAUGAAUGCGAUGAUGAUAAAAGCGACCCAGCAAAAGCUGAAGAAACUGCUGUUGAAGAUGCGGCCUGUUGCAGCAGAAAAAAAAGGCAAUCUGACGGCUGGUCAUCAUCCGAGGAUGAGGAAGACGAAGCAGAACAAACUGAUGAUGAUGCAAGUAGUAGUUUUAAAGAGCAUCGACGGGCCCAUUAUGAUGAAUUCCUUAAAGUCAAAGCACUGAGACAGCAGGAGGCUCUACUAGAGAAUGGAAGCGACGAGGAUAAUAAUACAGAGCUUGCCGAGGAGAAGAAAGCUGAUGCUGAUUCAUCUUCUCUGGCGAGAGCUGAAUAA